UGAUAUGUUCACGGAUCAAAAAUUAAAUCUAUUAUAAUCAAAUAAUCGUCCUCUAGUUUAUAUUUUUUGAACUGAAAUUAUUAAAAUCACCUGCCUUCAUACAGUUGUUAAAAUCUUCUUUGCCACUAUAGAACUUGUUUCAAAUAUACAACUUUUUUCUCGUUAUGUACUAUCAAUAUUGGAACAGUGGGACAUGAUUAUAGGUCCUUUAUUUACAUCACUUAUAUUGCUGCAAUGUUGUAGCUAGCAUUAGCAUACAUGAGGAUCCUAGACUCGUUAGCUUCACAGCUUCAGCUUAUCUGUCCGUUUUAUUACCCUCUAAAUAAGCCAGUGUAAAUACUCCUGGUAUUUCAGUCGGAUUUGUAUUUGUUUCGUGUUUGUCUGGAAGUUUACCUUUUACAUUGUCGCUUUCCGCGGUGCUGAAAUUUUCUGUGGCAAGUUCGUGUCCCUCUGAGUGGAAUUGCAUUACAACAACAGGCAGCGUAAUCAUGAACAGCAACAGCACAUGCAUGGAGUAAUGUCAAAAGAAAUUUGGAUAGAACGGUUUUGCUUAUCUUUGUUUUAGAAUGGUGAAAGUGAAGUAGGGUGAAUGUUUUUCUUUUCCUUUUUUUCUAAAUUUGGUUACAUUUAUUAUCUCGACAAGUUUGCUGUUUCUAAUGCAUGCUUCUUUUUGAAGUCUGCAGUGUGAUUGUUUGUCACUUGGUGUCAGUGUAAGGACAAAUAAUGCUUCCACAAGGUUACAAAUAUAUACACAAGAGCCAUCCCCUUCCUUUAAAACAGUCGAAUGGAGGACGUUUCUGUGUGUGAAGGACUAGACACGAUUUAAUCGCUAAGAAUUUUUAUUCUGAAAAACUGUCAGAUUGUAAUAACGGGUGUGGCGGAACAAUCCUAUUUGAGUGUAUGAGUCUAGCGAUUUGAAAGUUGCUUCAUUUCGCUGUUUCAUCUUUACGCCAUGGAACAAAGGCGAUGCCUAACGUGGAGAACGAGGACAAUAUGGAUUGUAUACAUUUUGGUUUUGGUUCUGGUCUGGAAGACCGCUUUGGGACAAUUUAGAUAUUCAAUUUCAGAGGAAGUUAGAGAAGGAACUGCUGUUGGAAAUAUCGCGAAGGAUUUAGGUCUCGAUAAGGCUACACUGAAAGAGAGGGGGUACCGCAUUGUCUCCGGCUCAGCAGAGCCUCCUUUCCGAGUAAACACAGAUAAUGGGAUCUUGUAUGUGAACCGAAAAAUCGACAGAGAGGAAGUGUGUGACCGAAAUAAGAUGUGUGUUAUCGACCUAAAAACAGUGUUAGAAAAUCCACUCGAGGUGCACUACGUGGCAGUGGAGAUUCUGGAUGUAAACGACCACGCACCGAUCUUUCCUGAAAAAGAAAAUACGUUAGAAAUUUCUGAAUCUGCACUACCAGGAGCACGAUUUCAGUUACAAGCAGCCCGUGAUGCCGAUAGUGGUUCGCUGUCUGUCCAGCAGUACAAGCUGAGUCACAAUGAACAUUUCCGUUUAGAAGUGAAAGACCGGGGCGAAGACCGUAAAACACCGAGUUUAGUCCUUCAAAAAUCACUUGAUAGAGAAUCUGUUAAAACUCAUGUGUUGCUUCUGACAGCCUUUGAUGGAGGUAAACCUCCCAGAUCUGGUAACAUGACAAUAAUUGUUAAUGUUUCGGAUGUUAAUGAUAACCCUCCUGUUUUCAGUAAGGAGGCAUAUAGUGCGCACCUCAAAGAAAAUUCUCCUUUUGGUACGACUGUGAUUCAAGUUAAUGCAACAGACCUGGAUGAAGGAUUAAAUGGUGAGGUUGUGUAUUCAUUUGGAAAUGACGUGGAAGCACGGGUACGUGAACGUUUUGACUUAAAUCCGGUUACUGGAGAAAUUAUAGUGGCGGGACUCAUAAACUUUGAAGAAAGCGGCAGGUAUGAAAUCGACAUUCAAGCAUCCGACAAAGGAGCAGCUACAAUGACAACAGACAAAAUCAUCAUUAUUAAUAUAAUUGACGUAAAUGACAAUGCACCAGAGAUUGAAGUGACAUCUUUUUCUCAUGCACUCCCUGAAAACUCAAAACCAGGAACCACAGUGGCGUUAAUUAGUGUCAGAGACUCCGAUUCUGAUUUGAAUGGAAAAGUAGUAUGUUAUGUAAGCAAAGAUGCACCCUUUUUGCUCGCACCUUCUUUACAAAGUAACAUGUAUUCUCUAGUAACGAAACAUGUUUUAGACAGAGAACAACAAUCCCAGUAUAAUGUCCUGAUAGUGGCUAAAGACGCAGGCGAACCUUCCUUAUCAUCGGAGAAAAGUAUAAAUAUUGUUAUUUCAGAUGUGAAUGACAACAGCCCUGAGUUCUUACAGAAUCCAUAUACUUUCUACAUAACUGAGAAUAACAGACCAGGGGCGUCGAUCUUCUCAGUGGCAGCCCGUGACAAUGAUGAGGGAAGUAAUGCUCUUAUUUCAUAUCUUAUCUUAAGAGAAGGGGGAGGAGAAAAUACGCUCACCUCUUUUCUAAACAUUAAUUCUGAAAAUGGAGAAAUUGUGGCACUGAAAAGUUUUGAUUUUGAAACACUGAAAACUUUCCAGUUCCAAGUUGUUGCCUCAGAUUCUGGAACUCCGCCACUAAGCAACAACGUCACAGUCAACGUCUUCAUCCUGGAUCAGAACGAUAAUGCCCCAGUCAUCCUGUAUCCACUCAGCUCCAACGGCUCUGCUCAAGGUGUGGAGGAGAUUCCCCGAAACGUCAACGCAGGACACUUGGUGACUAAAGUCAGAGCCUAUGACGCUGAUAUAGGAUAUAACGGCUGGUUGCUCUUUUCACUCCAGGAAGUGACUGACCACAGUCUCUUUGCUUUGGACCGCUAUACAGGACAGAUCAGAACACUUCGCUCAUUCACAGAGACUGAUGAGGCUGAGCAUAAACUGGUAAUACUGGUCAAAGACAACGGCAACGUUUCUCUCUCAGCAACAGCUACUGUGAUUGUCAAACUUGUGGAGCCCAAAGAGGCUUUUGCAGCUUCUGAUGUUAAAAGUACAGCAAAAGAUGAUGAGGACAGUAAUGUCAUAUUUUACCUCAUGAUAACUUUGGGCGCAGUUUCUGUACUUUUUCUCGUCAGCAUCAUCGUGCUGAUUGCAAUGCAGUGCUCCAAAUCCACAGACUAUACUUCUAAAUAUCUCCCAGAGACUAAUUAUGACGGAACACUGUGUCACAGCAUCCAGUACAGAUCAGGAGAGAAGCGGUACAUGCUAGUUGGACCCAGAAUGAGUAUAGGAUCUACCAUAGUUCCGGGCAGUCAUGCAAAUACACUCGUGCUUCCUGAUAGGAGACGGACACCUGAAGAGUUAUACAAAUCACUACAAAAAGUGACCUCUGGCACAUUGCUAUUCAAUUUUGUUAGAUUUAAGGUAAGGAUGGGUAUUUUGGUUAAUGUUAGGGAAUAUUUUGGUCACAGCAUUAUUUCUUCAGUUUGUUCAUGAUCUGCAUAAAUAAUCAUUAUGCUGUUCACAAUUACUAUUGUUCCUGUUUUCAGAAAACAAUACAUUUAACAAUAAUGUGUUUCAUUUAUUAUUUUGUGGUUCAUAAACCUACAGCUAUCCCUUAUUUGGGGGAAAUGGCUAUCAGAAUUUAUUAAUUAUAUUUGUUUCAUGUUUUUUCAUGCUUGUUGCUAUUUACAUUUUAUCAAAAUGAUAGGUAUAAGUGUUGUGUUCAGUCAGACAUUGCAUUUCUCAUUAUUUUGGUUUUAGUCACAAAAGCAUGUCACUCAUUCAGAGACUAUGAGCCUAAGGGCCUUUUAAACAUUAAUCCCACACACUGAGCAACAGCAGCUGUACAAUGGCUAGUGCAAUUAAUUUCUUAUUUAUAUUAUAUUUUAAUUGCAGUACCGCAUAAUUGAGAUGUACCAUUAGUUUCAACAAGAGUGUCACUCUGUGUAUCUCUGCUUCAUUGCUUAUAGUGUGUCAAAUUAUGUUAAGGCUUGAUUUUAUAGUAGAUAGUGAGAUCAGGUAGCAAGGGAUUUAGCAAACAGAUGAACUCAGUCUUUCAUGCAGACCAAAACUCACAGUAGAUACUGGGCCAGAUAAUCUAUCCAUCACAUUAAAGAUAAUGAAGUGAGAAUCUGCUUAAUGGGAAUGAGGGGAGCAAAGUUGUGCAGAAACAAAAAAUGUGCUAAAAACAUGAUACCAAAAUAACAAGAUGUUUAUUCUGCUUGUUAACAGACUGCUAUAAAUGAGGUGCUCAUAAUAAGGCUGGAGUGUAAUUGCUCCCUAAGCCCUUUACUGCCUGAUGUUUGUCACUUUGUUUUGUUCUCUAGCAGAGAACUAAAGUAACGAAUUAUAGUGAUAAUGCUUCUUAUAGAAUAAUGAUAGAAAUAGAUAGAACAUGUGAAAUGGCAUGAAAAUAGUCAGUACUUUGGAAGCAGUAUAAUAGAAACAAUCCAGUGUAAACCUGCAACGCAUGACCUUUGUGAAAGCAUCAUGUUAGAUCUCCAUGCAUUAUAUAAAAAGCUGUACAUUUGGCAGUUUGUUAUGCCAAAUGUUUAAAAGUGCCAAAAUAUUGCUGCUGUUCCUUCAGGUGUUUUCAAAAGAGAAUUCCUAUCCAAGGAGUUUUUCAUCUGCUAUAACUGUCACUAUCCCCAUUUGUGUUGGAUUAGGGCUCCUGUAAAGUAUGUAAAGUGAUAAUUCUACUAUGUUGCUCCUCCAAUAUGAUUAGGUGGAAUCAUCUUAACGAUGCCAUGAAGAGCAGCUUUGAAAGACUGCAGCGCAUAAAGUAACCUAGGAUUUCACUCAGCUUUAAACUUCAGGCUAAUGGCUAGACAGCAUUAUUAUCAUUAUUAUUAUUAUUAUUACUGUUAUUAUUAUUAUUAUUAUUAUCAUUGUUAUUAUUAUUAUUAUUAUUAUCCCAUUCAUGCAUCCAUUCUCUUCCGCUUAUCCUUGUCAGGGCUGUGGGGGGCUGGAACGCCCUACCAACUACCAUAGGGCGAGAGGCAGGGUACACCCUGGACAGGUCACCAGUCUGUCACAGGGCUAACACAGAGACAGACAACCAUUCCCACUCACAUUCACACCUAUCGGCAAUUUAGAAUUACCAGUUAUGUAAUUCUAGCUGUCAGUAGCUGACAUCCCCAUCUAACCCAACCUCACUAAUUGCAUGUCUUUGGACUGUGGGAGGAAGGAGUACCCAGAGAGAACCCACACAAACACAGGAAGAACAUGCAAACUCCACAUAGAAAGGCCCCGGCCAGGUGGUGGAAUAAAACUCAGACCUUCUUGCUGUGAGGCAACAGUGCUAAUCACCGUGCCACCGUGCUGCCACCAUGUUGUUUUCUUUAAUUUGGUAUGUAUUUGCUUUGUCCUUGACUUUAGACUUUGCAUUCUCAUACCCACUUAAAAAGAUCUGUCCCAUUAAAUUACUUUUUUAAGCUGCAUGUAUUGUAUGCUAAACAUAUGGUGUGAGAGGACUGUGAAUUCAACUUUACAGUCUGUAAGAAGCUGUAGUUUGUGUUGCUGUUGGAUUGUACUGAACAAUACAGAGGUAUGUUUCUGAUAUUUAAUUGAAUAAAAAGGGCCCGACAUAUUAAAAACACAGCUUCAAAAAGGCAACUGAAUUGAGUAACACUAAAGCAGAAUGCCAUAACAAUAAUGAAGGUGGCACUUAUUUCAGCAAUCAUGUAUCAGUGAGUCUUAGACAGAAAACACGUGGGUAAACAUUAAACUAGCAAGUGGCAAUAGGUUUUUCUUCCCUCACUGUUCAACAAACUCCUCGGCCAAAAACACACAUGCAUGCAAACUAACAUGAACACUCAAACAAUAUGUGACAUUUAGAGCAUAUAAUUUAUAUCCCUAUCAUCACACCUUAAGAAGGAACAUUAUUUUGCUGCUUCACAAGUAGAUGUUUAAGUUUUGAUGUUAAUGAGAGUGGAAAUUGGUGUUUGCUAUUCUCGGUAAACGGAAGCAUAGGAGCCCAUGCUUAAACGAUUUCUAGGCAAGUUAUUAUUUUAUACAUAGUUAUCUUCAUUUCUGUGGAAAGUGGAGCAACCUCACAGAACCAUCUCACUCAUUUCUCAGUGUCAGAUUCUCUGCAGGCCAGCGCUCUCCUCUAUAAUUCAUUUUUUUUAUGCCCUUGCACCGAAGCUCUGCACUUCGAAUGCACCACUGAAUGAUGCAUGUUCCAUGCUGGAUGGCUAUUAAGAAAGUAAAAAUAGACAUUACACAAAGCUGAAAUGGUGUGCAGGUGUAAUGUGCAUGUAAAAUAUAUAUGAGACACUUAAGUAUGGAUAAAUUAUGCCUUGCAGCUCUUUGUGUGUAAAUUGUGUACAGUAGAAAUGUCCAAUGCUUGCCAUAUAUUCUGCAUAAUCUUUACUUGUUUUAAUUUGUAAAUGAUAGAAGCAUUUCUCUGUUUUCCUCUUCCUUUUCUUUGUUUUGAUAUGUAUCAGGCUGGAUGAGAUUGUGCAGGUAUUGUUAGACUCAGUAGCUGACAUCAGCAUCUUCUUUCCCAUCUGGGAGAGUUGACAUUUUAAUUUCCGCAGGCAGAGGAAAUGUGUAGUAGACACACAGCCUGCUAGUGUAUCUUUAGCAGUGAUACAAUUUUUGAAGUGUGUGAGGGUGCUAAUCUAAUUUAAGGCUUUAUAGCUUUCCCUGCCUCUGAUAUCAGUCUGUCUGUCUGCGGAUAUGGAAACUGCAAAGGAGAACAAAGAGAGUGAUUUUUUUAAAAGGCUCCCCCUUGUGGCAACAAGUGGAAACUACCAGCCUGUGUAAAUAUCAAUGCAUUCAAUGAUUUAACGUGUUACCACUGCACAUACCACUGCAUGUGGUAGUAUAUUGAAUAGCAUUUUUACUGAGUUUCUCAUGCAGUAUUGAUCUGCAGAUAGCAGGUCUGUCCCCAUUUUCCAGCCAUACACAAAAACAGUACACUGACCUAUUCCCCAGUGAACUGUUUGAUUGACAAAUCUAGGUUAUCCAUGCAUAUGAAGCUAGAUUUAUUCUUAAUCCCACUGAGAAUUGUUUGAGUCAAGUUAUUUCAGUGUGUGAGUGAGGGAGAAAAAAAGAAAAGAGGAGGAGAUGACAGAGACAGACUGUACCAGAUGCUGUCUGUGCUCUAUGUUACACUCCAUGGUUGAAUUUAAUGUAUCAUUAUUAUUUUUUUUUUAGUUUAUAUGGUUGUGUUUAAAUGCCUUGUCCUUGGCUUUUGUACUGACGGCUCAUAAAGAAGGGUGUGGUGGAGGUAGAGGGGGAGGCAGGGUGGGGCAUAGACAGGGGCUGCAUCUGCGUCACCAUGGGUACCAGAAGGGAGAUAGUGAAUCAAUUCUGGGUGCUUUCUAUAGCACUGCCUUUGUCGCUAGGCACAAUACUGAGCCAAUCAGAGUGUCCAUUUCAGCCACAGUGACCAAUCAGAUUUCUGUGCUACCUUUGCUGUUACCAAAGCCUGUUGAAGCUCCUGUAUAUUGACAGCUUUGAUUGAUGCUCUGUUUUUGCAAAUUAAUCCAUGGCUGUUUUUCUGCUUGCACAACCAGUUACUGAAUUACACAUUUUAAAAUCAGAGUCACAAUGCUGAACUAUAUGUGAAUGGAAUUCAUGCUGUCUCUCAUACCUUUUAUAUUUCUCACUCUCACACCUCUCUCACACAAACCACAUAAAACACACAGAGUCUGAUCAGCCCUUCAUGUAUUUGAACUCCAAACUGCAAUGUUGCCAUUCAUGCUGUGCAGAUGCUUGUUACUAACUAGAUACAGUGUCACAUAUUCAAUAACACAUCAUCUUUGAUCAGCCCUGCUCUGCACGUUAGAGAUCAUUUCCUAACUGAUCAAACUUACGGAGGUUCUUACACUAAAUGAAAACAUUGCUAGUGUAAAUGCAUUGUUGAAUACAUUAAAACAUAAAAUGAAGAGUGAAGUUUUUUUACAUUUUAAAGAAAAAUACACUAUAUGGAAAAUGUUUUCUAAAUACUAAAUACUAUAUGGGAUCCCUAAUCCUUAGGGAUUAAUAAAGUAUGAUGAUUCUGAUUAUGGUUAUGUUUAAUAUUUACUUAGUUGAUAGGUCACUAUACUGUUUUAAUUCCCCAGCUAGUCUGUGGCAAAUCAUGACACAGACAGAAAUAAUCACUCUGUAGCAGUGGAAGGAUGUUGCUCCUGUCUGUUGUUUUACAGUAGAGUAACUAAUUAUGUGAUAUUUGGGCAUUGUGCCAUUGUUUUCCAAAUGAGUGAACACUGUGUUCUAUUGUGUUGGUGUGCCUCUCAGGGCUGUGUGCAUGCGUAUGUUUGGGCAUGCUCCAUAUUGCUGUGUCCCGGUUUUGAUCUUGUUGCGGCUCAUGUUUCCGCGGACCCGCCCCUGUCCUACUUAGUCCAGAAACCAGUGAAGGCAGACGCAGAUUUGGAAAUAAAUGAUUAAGUGGUAGUUGGUUUUAAAACUAGGAGUGAUUCAUCUUUUCUUGCAUCCUUCCUCGCUUUAUUAUAUUUGAAAUAGAUUAUUUCACACAUUGUGUAAGUAGAUAAACAGCUGAUUGCAUGCCCAGCUUUCCAGUACAUAGAUAUUAUUACAGUUACGCCCAUAUGCACAUAAUUGUAUGCACAGGUGUCUAGUAAGUGGAUAUUAGUCUAUAUAGUGAAUUUACAUCUGAAUAUGUCAGAGCUAAAAUGGAUAUAAGAUAAUUGAAAAGUAAUUUUUCCAUUAUUGCAUUAUGUUACACUAUUGCAAUAGUCAAGUGCUGGAUAACUCAUAUCACACCUGCUUUUCUGAGAAUAAGCAAACACUGCAUAUUAAAUGGGUCCAGUGCAUAAAGUGCACAAAGUGAAAUGGAUUUGAAAAGUGAAAAGCAUAAUAUAGUAGUACUAGAAGUACUAAUGACUUAUACACAAGGAGUAGGUUGCCCUCUUGUGUCAUGAUGAGAUAUAUGCCACAUAAAAACCCCACUAUGACAUCAGUAUCUCAUCAUAUGAAAAGGGUGUAAUGUGCAAAUGGCAGAAGGGACUAUGUUUGUGUGUUUGAGGUCUCCAGAGGCCUGGCACCAAGAAGGUAGGAUGUGCAUGGCUGAAUGCAAAGGUCAGGCUCUCUGAGGGUUUGUGGGGGGUGGAAAGAGAAUCAGACACUGCUGUAAAAGUGCUGUGACAGUAAAUGUGCUGCUGCAGUGCUACAUUACCAAUGUACAACUGCAACCCUGCACAGUCUGGUGAGGUAUGGUUCGUGUGUGCUUGAGUGAGUUUGUGUGUGUGUGUGUGUGUGUGUGUGUGUGUGUGUGUGUGUGUGUGUGUGUGUGUGUGUGUGUGUGUGUGUGUGUGCAUAUGCAUUCAUGCCUGUGCCCAAGAUGGCGUUGCUAUGGAGACGAGAGCUGUGCAGAGGGAGAGAGGAAAAGUGGGGGUAGGACUCGCCUUGAAGCAUUUUUAGAUCACACCCUUCCCCUAUCUACUCACGCACACAGAUCAACAGUACAGUAUACAUCCUUAGGACAUACACACACUUACUCAUGAACACGCACACAAAACCGAUGGCUAUGUGAAGGUGUGAGAUGCUUAGAUGCAGGCAAUAUAGGAGCUAAUGUGGUGGCUGUACUGUAUGUGGUAGUAUCCCUUUAAUAAUGCAGUGAACACGCCUAAAACAGUGCUGCUGACUGCUUCCGCCCCUGCAACCCCCUCCCUUCACCUACCUCUCACUGCUUUAUCUGACCCUUUCAUCACACUGCCAGUGGUGAUUCUAGUUUCACCUCUAACAUUAUCAUGUUAUGGGCAAACAACAGACAGAGAAGAAGGUUAAGUACAUGUGUACUUAACCACUAGACUUAUUUUUAACAGCUCUCAUAUUUUAGGAAGCAAAUACUAUGAUAUUUUUUAUACAACAGUUUAAUCACUAUUAAUUAUUCAGAAGUUUCAAUUAUUAUACCCAGAGGAAGAGUGACUUUUAUCAAUGCAUGCAUGCAUGGGUUUUAAAAACAAAUCAGCACAUCCUCCAUCACCUCUCUCGCUUCAGGGGUGCCACAGCAUUCUGUCUUGGGACCGUUACUGUUUCUGUUGUAUUUAGUCCCUCUUCUUCAACUUCUUACCUCUUUUACGGAUAUUUCGUAUCAUUGUUAGGCAGAUGAUAUUCAGCUAUACAUCUCUUUUAGGCCACCUGACGUUUCUAAGCUUUAAAUCUUGCAGUCCUGCUUAGAUUCCAUCAGAGAUUGGAUGGCUGAUAAUUAUCUUCAACUAAAUGCUGAUAAAAAUGAAGUCAUUGUCUUUGCUCCUGAGAAAUUUGUUCCCCUCGUGGUUAAAAAUCUAGGCCCUCUUGCUUCUUAUAUUAAACCCUCCAUUAGGAACCUUGGUGUUACAUUUGACCCAGCUCUGACGCUGCACACACACACGUUAAAUCUUUGGUUUGCUCUUGUUUUUACCAUUUAAGAAAUAUUGCUAAGCUUAAUCCCAUUGUGUCACGCUCUGAAUUGGAAAUGAUUAUUCAUGCUUUUGUUUCAUCUCGCUUAGAUUAUUGUAAUUCCUUGUUUACUUGCUUAAGUAAUGCCUCCCUGGAAUCACUGCAAGGUGUUCAAAAUGCUGCUCCUCGGCUUCUGACAAAGUAUCCCAAAUACUCCCAUGCCACUCCCCUGCUGAUUCAACUGCACUGGCUCCCUGUCAAGUUCAGGGUCCAUUUAAAGAUUAUAAUCAUGACCUAUAGGGACCUGCACGUGUAGCUCCAACUUACAUCAGUGAUCUUCUUCUUCCUUAUCGCCCCACCAGGUCUCCAAGGUCUUGUGACCAGGGCUUGUUGGUUGUCCAGCAUACAAGGUUAAAAACAAAAGGUGACAGAGCGUUUGUAUCAGUGGCUCCCAGACUCUGGCACUCCCUCCCUUUGAGUUUGAGAUCUGUGGACCCAGUCAUUUCUUUUAAAAAGCAGUUAAAAACUUAUCUGUUUAAACUUGCUUUUGGUUGAUUUUGUUUGUUUGAGGUUGUAUGUCCGUUUCUGCUUCUGUGAAGCACUUCGUGAUUUUUAUCUUGAAAGGUGCUAUAUAAAUAAAAUUGUACUUUGCUUUACUUUACUGCACGUGCAUUUACCUGUCUAGGUGUAUAAAGUGUUAAAAAAUCAAUUGUUAAUUUUGCAUUAGUGUUUAGACAACUAUGUUUUGAUUAACUAAACAUUCUGUAUGUUUCCCAAAGUAACUCUAUCACCGGAUGACGAGGUGUGGAUGGCCUUAUGGAUAUGCUCAGUAACCCACCACUAAUUCCAGGGUGUAUUCAGAGCUGCUGGCUCCUAUACUGUGUUUCAUCUAUGUGGAACUAGGUUUUCUAUAAUUACAGAAACCAUGGAUUUGUUUCUUUCAAAAAUGUAUUGUUUGUUUAGCAUAAGAAAAAAAAUUGUUCAUCCUCCCACUGGGCCACAAAGAAUACCAAGUGUGACAUUUAUGCAACAUUCAUAUGUGUUUCAUGGUGACUUUAGGAGAAUGAUAACCCAGACUGAAGUCCUGUAAGGUCAGAGUAGUGUAGUCUGGCCCUAAAAUAAACCAUGAAUAAUAGAAUUUCAUCACAGGUUGUAUAAUUCCGAUGGUGGAUAUGUAUGCAUUUGCUUGUGUAUGUUAAUAAACCGCAAGAGCACUAUACUCUCUCUUCUAUAUUCUACCUACUGUUUUCUAUUACAUGCAUUAGGAAAAUGAGCACACAGAUCAUCCUAUGUGAGCCAUUAUUAUUAUUAAUAUUGUCUAUGGGGGCUGACAGAUGAUUGUAGUUGUGGGAUAAUAUUUUCAAAUCAAAUCAUGUUUUCUGAGGAAUGGAAAUAGGGCAGGAGUUUCUGAAUCUAGGGCUUAAUCAUGGGAUUACAAACAACGGAACUUUCAUAAGCUCAUGACUACUGUCUCUGUGAAAAUGCGGAGUAACAGUAAAAUGCAACAAAAAUACAACACGAGACGCAGACACCCCUUCCUGUGCUCAUAUGUGCAGAAGAAUAACUAGGUACAAUUAAAUAUAUUUAUUGCCCAAAAGGCUGAAAGAGAAAAAUUUAUUA